AUGGCGCGGUCGGCGCAGUUCCGAGGGCGCUUCGAGUGCUACUCGGUCGCUUGCCUGGGUGCGACGCGCCCGAUCCGCGGUGUUCUGACGCUGGUAGUAGACAUGCCGGACCUCGAGUUUGGCGACAAGGUCAUUCUACCCCCUGCCGUCCUGCGCGACCUGCAGGUCCUCAAGAUCCCGCUUCCGCUCGUGUUUCGAGUCACGUCAACGAACGCGCCAGACGUCCGUCAAUUCUGCAGUGUCCUCGAGUUUAGUGCGCCCGACGGCCAAAUGUUUGCACCGUACUGGAUGAUGCAGAAUCUCUUGGUCGAUGAAGGCGGCCGACUCCAACUCGAGAGCGCGACCAAUAUUCCACGGGGUGUCUACUGCCGCUUUCAGCCGCACGUCGGCGCCUUCUUGGAUUUAGCUGCGACGCUCGGUCCCAAGAUUUUACUCGAGUCGGCGAUGCGCAAGUACUCGGUGUUGAGCGUUGGUGAGACGAUCGUGAUUGAAUAUGGCGCCGACAAGUACUUCGUCGACGUUGUCCACGUCAAACCUGGCGACGUCAUCCACCUCUUUGGGGACGUGGAUCUCGAAGUCGACUUCAAGGCUCCCGAGAACAUGGACCCGCGACGGCCCAAGUCGGCAGCACCACCAGCGGACACGAGCCCAUGCAGCCAACCAAAAGAUAAUGUCACGCCGCGACGAGAGACUGUGGACGCGACGCUGGGCCCGAGCUCGACGCUGGGACGUCGCCUCGGUGACGGCGGCUACGUGCAGGUGCCCGAUACGCCGCCUGUCGUUGCCGCGACGCCGGCCAAAAAGGCGCUGUCACUCCAAGCUGCGCAGCUGAAAACGAAAUCGGGGGCGGGACCCAACCCGCUCACGACCAAGUCGGUCAAGGCCUUUGAAACCACAGGCUAUCGGCUCGAGGCGACGCUGGUCGAGCCCCGGCCAGAGCUACCGGAUGCUGUGAUCCCGACAGAGAGUGCGACAGCGCCGUACGUCUGCGGCUUUUGCCUCGGCGAGAUGCCCCGCGCCAACGCCGAGCUCCACGAACUUCGCUGCAAACAGCACGUGGCGUACCAUCGGAUUGUCUGCGCUAUCUGCCACGAAAAAGUGCUCCAAGCCAAGCUCGAAGAGCACGUGCACUGCCCGCAGUGUUCGUUUUGCGGGUCCUCGUCGAGCCUCGCAGAGCACCACAAGGCGCUGCACGCUGUGGUGCGCUGUCCAUGCGGGGCCGACGUCCCCGUCGACGCGAUGCCGCAACACAAAGAGACGAUAUGUCCACACACACUCACUAUGUGCCAUCUUUGCGCCUUGUCGUUCUCACGCCACAAGUACGCGCAGCACUACGCAUCUUGUUCGAGUCGCACCGAGCAGUGCGAGCGCUGUAAAAAGUACAUCAAUGUGCUCGCGUUCAACCAGCACGAAGCCACGUGCGGUGACGAGCCCCGCGAAGAGAAGGAUCUUACUGCUGCGCGUCCGUCGAUCCCGACGGCGACGUUGUUUUCGUGUCCGUACUGCGGCCGCGCUGCGUUUGAUUCGAUUGUCGCGCUGGACAAGCACACGGAGCAUGCGUGCACCAUCGCUCGAAGCUUCCUCGGCAAUGGUCUCCCGACAAAAGGGUCGCAAGCGCCGCCGAUCCUUCGCGGCAAAUUGCGCCGCAAAACCGACCUCGUCAAGCCCAAGAGUACACUGCAACAGGCCGGCGAACGCGCCGUGAAGCGUGAGACAGCCGUCAUAACAACCCUCGGCGACCUCGAGCCCGUCAAAGGGGCGACCAUCGGUGGCAGCGCCUCCAAGAGCUCACGACAGCAGCAGGUCCACGCCAUCUUGACAGCGUCGCAACGAGCGACGCGCAAACUCGCGGCGCGCCAAACAUCGACGACCAAGACGACGAAGAAACAUCUCUUGUAG